UAGAUUGUAUUGCUGCAAACAACGUGCUACUUUUGAUUUUAAGCAUUUUAAAAAUCAGACAAAAUGAGCGGCAAUUCGAAAAAGGAGCUAAUCCUUUGUGACUAUUGUCAGAUCGGGAAGGAUGCAAAUCAGAUUUACACGGCCAGAAAACAAUUCGCUGGCUGCAAAAUCGUUGACAUUCUACAAAGUGUCACCAAGUUGACCAUACCAGUCUCAACACCAGUUAAGUUAUGCAGUCUAUGUGCUUCCACUUUGCAUGCCACAACCGGCGCUAUCGCAAGAACAGUUGAAAUGGUUUCCAAAUUGUUGCCAGCUGCAAAGAAGCAGAAACAACAGCAAAUUGAAACUGUUCUAGUUCCUGAUGAUGAGGGCGAUGCAGAGCCGAAAAGACGUUUGUCAAUCGUUGACAGUCCUAAAGUUUCAACUAAACAGCCAGUAUCGGCGACACCUAGCAAAACCGAUAAGAAAAUCAUCAAAGACAUUAAUGGCACACCCACAGGCGUACAGCAGAGUCCAAAGACUCUGCCAGCUAAGGCAAAGUUGCCACAGACAAGCACGCCAAUAACAACAGUGCCAUCUACUCCAAAGAAACAACAAGACGACCUCGAGAAGAGUCUGCAGAAUUCAAUUAGGCUAACAACGGCCAAGGAUGUGCCCAAAAAGAACAAGGAAUUCAAUCAGCUGUUCGGUAAAAUCGACGAUACUGUCUCAGACUCUGAGGAAGAGGAUGAAGAAGAGGAAGAAGGUGGCAACGAAAAGGUAGAUCUGAAGAGCAUCGCUACCGGCUUCGAGUGCAAACUGUGCGACUUCACGUCCACCAAGCCUAACCAAAUGAAAAAACAUUUAAAGGAAUUGCAUGGCCAAAAGCGGCCCCGCAUAUAUAACUGCUUGAAGUGUGCCAAGGGAUUUGGUGUACUAAAAUCUUUAAAGGCACAUCUGUUGACACAUGGCAUUAUCGAGGAAAAGGAUGAGAAACAAGCUGCUUCCGAUCCACAGCUGGCAGUCUUAACUGCCCUAAAGCCAAAGCAAAAGCCGCUAGAUGCUGUCGCUAAAAACGAAUAUACUUUUGCCGUCACAGACACCAACUCGUCGACACCAAAACCCGCCGGGCAGCCGGUUCAGCCAGAGAUGCAGUCCACCAAGUAUCAGUGCGAAUUAUGCCAACUUGAAGUGGACGAAGGUAAGUUGUUACAUGAUCAUUUAAAGACUGUGCACAACAUCGACCGUCCCAAGGUAUUCAAAUGCGAAGCGUGCAACAGUUACUUUAUGUACAAAAAAACAAUGGAUCGCCACUUUAAAGUCAAACAUAUCGACGGUCAUGGGACAGAGGCUACCAAAAAAGAAUCGCCGGUUAAAAUUAAGAUUCGACGCAAAACUGUGUCAAUCGAACGCAGCCCAGCUAAAACUAUGAAAGCCGGCAGCACACCAUUGCCAGUAAAAAUUGCAGCCAGGCGCAAGACUGUAGCGGCAGAGUUGAAUAAAGGUAAUGAGGCAGCUGCCCAGAUAAUGUUGAACUCGCCAGUUAUAAUUCCGAAAAAAGAAGCAGAAAAAAACGACUACCUUAUUGAUGAAGCCAUCGUUGAAGUCCUUGACGAACUUAUAGAGGAUGUACCAAUGCCAAACGAGAGCAAAUCCAAUAAUGAUGCAAUUGCAAUUGUCGCAGACGAAUCAAAGAAGAUUAAGAAACCAACACAAGUGCUCAAACAGUCGUUUGACUCGCUGUUGGAGUCACCUAUCAAAAAUAAAUCCAAAACUAAGUCCAUGCAAGCCCCAGCCACGCCCACCCAGCAAAACAGCGUGGACUCGACACAGAUCAGCAAAAAGAGUAAGGCCAAAAAAGAUUUUGAUGCACUAGACUCAUCACAAGCUACAGAGAAUGAUAUAAACUUAUCAGAGACCAUGAAUGGAUCACCAAAGAAAUCGAGGAAGCGCAAGCAACGAGAGGAGGAGUCAUCACAUGCGGAUACGGCCGAUGAGGUUCAAGUGUCCCUCACUGCUGAGCUGAAGCCGCUGAAUAAUUCUAAGGCAGGCAAAUUGAAAGUGGGAGAUGUCAUUGAUCUGAUCGAUGAGAUCAAUCCCAAUGUCAAGCCACUCAAGCGCAUAAAACACGACUCACUGGAAUCGGAGCUGAGCUGCAACAUCUGCAGCAAGGUCGUUGGCUCCCGCAAGCGUCUCGAUUCGCAUAUCCGUAAGAAGCAUACCAUACAACUGACCUGUCCCAAUUGCAAGGGCACCUACGCCGACAACUUGGAGUACGUUAAACACUUCUCCUUCUGCAAUGCAGUCGAUGGUCUGCCGUGCGGCAUUAAGAACUGUGAAAAGGUUUUCGCUGCGGCAAAUUUCUUGAGCUCCCACUUGAAUAAGAAGCACAAGGGUUCCAAAUAAUUAAGAUCUUAUAUCACAUCAGUUCAGCUGGCCUUAGAGAUGCCCCAUUGACUGAAUAUUUUAUUUUGUAAUUUCUGUUUAAGGAAAAUGAAAUCAUUUGUAACGAGUACAAAACCUUAAAUGAGCCGACACAACUAUCAGCUAAAUGGAGACAUUCAAAUUAUGGAAAUAUAUUUUUAGUUUUUUUUGUUUAAAUAUAUAUAUAUAUAUUGUUCCGACUUUCAUGUAACAAUAAGCGCAAAUGUAGUUUACAAGAAGGAAAACCAACUAUGAUUUGA